AUGUCGUCCUCUAGAAGCGAAGGCCCCCUGGAUGUGCCCAAUCAAGGCAGUGGUGACUUGAGCAAUGCUAAGAAACCACAAGAGAGCACCCAGUUUAUCGAGGGAUGUUUAGGAGAGCAUAUUGAGCUUCUCAAACGGGUUGAUGGUUCUCGCUUAAUGAUCAGCGAGCAACUCAAUAAUCUGUCAAAAAGAAUCGAGGAUCUUGGAGUCUUAAAUCAAGAACUGGAACGUCAUAUUCAACAAAUGUCAAAAAUUGUGGGCAAAGGCAGAAAUUGA